CCCUAGCUCUUGGAGCUUUAAAUCACAGGAACCAAAAGGGAGGGACCCAAAGUGUUUCUUUCUUUUGCCGUAUAGUCCUCAACCCUUUUGAAAUCUAACCCCAGAUUCCCUCUCAAUACUGUUUCUUGAAUUCUUUCCCCUCUUCGACAAGAUUUCCAAUUUUUCUUGCUAAUUUAGAUCCCUCAUUCCUUCGUUCAGAUUAACACCCACCAUAUCUUAAUUUAUUUAUUUUGUUCUCAUUGGCUGCUGUAAUUGAACCAAGCAGUCACUUAUGAAUUUUCUGCAAAAUUAAAGUUCAGAGUCCUUUUCGAUUUUCUGAGCUGGAGAGGGGAAAAUAAAUGAGGAGGUUGAAUGUGGAUGCAAGAAAUUGAAGAGUAAAUUUUGAAGACUUAGAACUUGCUGUUGUGUCCGAUAUGAAGCAGUUGUGGGGACACAAAAAGGACCGUUAGUGCUAUGAAAACUAAAGUUUGAUAUUGAAUUCCUUUCAUCAGUCCUGGGAUGAAUUCUACAAAUAUGGUUGGCUUGUGUAGUAACAAUCUUGGAGGUGUGGAGACUAAGGCUGUUAAGUUGGAACCAGGAUUGGUUGAAAGUUCAAUACCACAAAUGGAAUACUGUGAAGCUGACCCCUUGCCAUGCCAAAAUACCUCAAGCAGUUGUGGAAGGCAAGAUUCUGCAACUACUGAGCAGAGUGGCACCACUGUCUUGGGUCAAGAUCAGUCUCCAAUAGAUGAUUCAAGUCUUUGUUCUACAUCACAAAUAUGUCCAGCACCCCUCUCUCGCCAGUUCUGGAGAGCUGGAAAUUAUGAUGAGGGGCUUACUACUAAGUCCACCCUUAAAAAGGGCUCCAGUUUCCUUCACAUUCACCCCAAGUUCCUUCACUCAAACGCCACUUCCCAUAAAUGGGCAUUUGGUGCCUUGGCGGAGCUUCUUGACAAUGCUGUUGAUGAGAUACAAAAUGGAGCCACCUUUGUUAUUGUAGAUAAAACCUUGAAUCCAAGGAAUGGAAGUUCAGCUUUAUUGGUUCAAGAUGAUGGCGGUGGAAUGGACCCAGAAGCCAUACGUCGUUGUAUGAGUUUUGGAUUUUCGGAUAAGAAGUCAAUUUCAGCUAUUGGACAGUAUGGAAAUGGUUUUAAGACCAGUUCAAUGAGACUUGGGGCAGAUGUUAUUGUCUUUAGCCGCUGCACAAAGAACAGGAAAUUGACACAAAGCAUUGGGCUUCUAUCUCAGACAUUUCUGUCUCGAGCAGGCCUUGACAGAAUAGUGGUUCCUUUGAUUGACUUUGAGUUCAGUUCAGCAGCUGGAAAAUGGAACUCAUUACAUGGUGAACAGCAUUUUGUGAGUAAUCUCUCCUUGUUGUUGCGCUGGUCUCCAUUUGCAACAGAAGCAGAGCUUCUUAAGCAAGAUAUUCGUCUUUCAGGGGAUGCAAACGAUAAAGAGAAGAGUGGCUCUCGUAUUUCAGCAAGUGACCUGCAUCUUGCUAACCGUCUUCGUUACUCACUACGUGCAUAUUUAUCAGUGUUGUACUUGCGGAUCCCAGACAACUUCUGUAUUCUGUUGCGUGGACGGAUUGUUGAAUGCCAUAACAUUGCUAAGGAUCUCAAGUAUCCCGAAUUUAUCAUGUAUAAGCCUCAAACUGUUGGAUUCAAUGAGGGUUCAGUCAUUACUACAAUUGGCUUCCUAAAGGAAGCUCCAGUGGUGAACAUUCAUGGGUUCAAUGUCUACCACAAAAAUCGUUUGAUACUGCCAUUUUGGCAUGUUGUAAGGUACUCUGAUAGUAGAGGCAGAGGAGUUGUUGGUGUUUUAGAAGCAAACUUUAUUCAGCCAACUCAUAAUAAGCAGGACUUCGAGAAAACCCCUCUUUUUCAAAAGCUUGAAGUACGCCUAAAGGAGAUGACAUGGGAGUACUGGGAUUAUCACUGCGGGCUCAUUGGUUACCACCCAAAGAAAAAACCUCAAGGACCGAUAACUCCUCAGGCUUCAUCUGAAUCUAGACAACAACAUGGCACAUAUAAACCUGUUCUCUUGGGUAAAAACUCCUUUAGUGCUGUUGGACCAAUAACUCCUCAGGCUUCAUCGGAAUCUAGGCAACAACAUGGUUCAUAUAAACCUGUUUUCUUGGGUAAACACUCCUCUAGUGCUGUUGGUUCAAACAUUACAGUACGCGGAACUGUAACACCAGUCUUUCAAAAUAACUCUAGACAAGGAGCUUCAAAAAGGAAAGAAGUUGAUCGUCCAAUAGAACAUGAAAGCUUGAAACGGACAGCUGGACUAGUAGUUGAUUUAACUGGUGACGGGCAAAGUCAAGAAAUUCUGACUCCCACUUCAAGUGGCUUACGAGAUCAAGAGGCUGCCCACUUUAUUCAAGAGAAUCAAAAGCUCCGUGCCCAGUGCUCGGAUUGUGAGAAGAGGGAGGAAGAACUUCAUGUGAAGGUUAAUAAGCUUCGGAAGGAGCUAAAAGAAGCACAACGUACAUAUGCGCACUUGCUAGUGGAAUCAAGAUUAUUAGACAAAGUCAAGCCGGAAGACGAUGUAGUUCUUUAAGGAAGUGUCCAUCCUUGUACUGUUAGCUCUUUGCAAAUGAAUUGUAAUCGUAGCUGUUGAUAAAAUCUGGUUCCUUUCUCUGUUCUGGCGGUUUUGUACCAAAAUCUUGUUUUCUUCUUUCAUUUAUGGACCAGAAUGGAAGGUGGAAUCGAAGUCUUCACUGUUC